AUGUACGAAUCAAUCUAUGAGCCUAUUAAUGCUGUCCGUCCACCUAGUGAGUUAUCAUCUACAUAUUCAAUGAGCAGUCGUUCACAGUCCAUUACUACUCGUGAACAUGAAACCGAAGUUGAUUCUUUAACUGAUCUCCUUCUAAAUUCAAUGUAUGUCAAUGAUGGCAAAAAAAGUUUGAACUGUAAUGCAAGUUCUUUAGGGUAUUGUACCAAAUGCAAUAAAAAGGUAAUGGAAGAUGGACUUGGGUGUAGAGCAAUGGGUAAUAUUUAUCAUAUAAAAUGUUUUACCUGUACCCAUUGUGGAGGUCAAUUGGAAGGAAAACCAUUUUAUCACAUUGAUAACAAACCAUACUGCGAAGAGGGUUAUUUUCAAACACUAAAAAAAUGUUCAGUUUGUCAAUUACCAAUUUUGGAUAUAAUCCUGAGGGCCACAGGAUGCUCAUAUCAUCCUAACUGUUUCCGAUGUAUUGUAUGCUCUACAUUAUUGGAUGGUAUACCCUUCACCAUCGAUGCAGCAAAUCAAAUUUAUUGUAUUGAUGACUUUCACAAUAAAUUUGCUCCAAAAUGCAGUGUAUGCAAAUUCCCUAUUAUACCAGAGGUUGGCCAAGAUGAAACACUAAGAUUUGUUGCAUUGGACCGAAGCUUCCAUGUGCAAUGUUAUAGAUGUGAAGAUUGUGAUACUUUAUUAGGAUCAGAAGCUGAAGGUAAAGGAUGUUAUCCAUUAGAUGACCAUGUAUUGUGCAAAAGUUGUAAUGCUAAAAGAGUUCAAGCUUUAACAUCAACCAUGAUGACCGAGUUUUAA